AUGGCCCCUAGUGCGAGAGGCUGGCAAAUGAUCGAGAUCGUUGCGGUCUUGGUCGCUCUGUGUGUUAUUUGUGUGGCGUUACGUAUCGCGGCUCGUGUACGCCGUAGAGUGGGAUUCGGUGUCGAUGACUACCUUAGUGUCUUGUCCAUGUUCCUUAUGCUCGCUAUGCUGGUCGAGUUGGUUUUAUGGUGUACAAUUGGAGGUAACGGUGCCCACGUCAAGACUCUAGAUAAUACAACGAUUCAAAAUUACUACAAGAUCUUCCUUGCCAACCAAUUCACCUACUUCGUCUUGUGCCCGUCCAUCAAAAUCUCGAUCAUCUGCUUCUACCGCCGAGUAUUUACAACGCCCAAAUUCCAAAGCUUUACAUUCGGUCUCAACUGCCUCAUCGCUGCUUGGGGAGCGGGCAUCUUCUUUGCUUGUGCCGGGCAAUGUCGCCCUCUACGCGCAUACUGGGAUCAAAGCGUUGAAGGCCAUUGCUUCAACGCCAAUUUGUUCUUCAUCGUCAACCAAGCCUUCAACGUUUUGAUCGACUUUGUUAUUCUCAUCCUCCCCAUCCCAAUGAUCUGGGGCCUGCACCGUGCAUGGCAGGAUAAACUCGCUCUGAACGGCGUCUUCGCAUUGGGUGCUUUCGUUUGCUUCGCCAGUAUUUACCGUAUUGUGGUCCUCUUCUGGAUCUCUCCUGUUGAUCCCACAUAUACCGUUUACCAAGCUACACUCUGGACACACAUUGAGCCCUCUGUUGGAUUGAUAUGUUCUUGCCUUCCCAUCGUUCGUGGGUUGUUCCCGGCGUUUAGUCUCAAGAAUCGGUCCAACCGCAGCAAUCCUCCAUACUAUAUUAAUACCGAUAUCAGCAACACGCACAUUCUCUCAAAGAAUAGCCCGCUUUCGCCCGAUCCAGAGUACAUGAAAAUGCAGUCAGAGAUCUACAGUGGAGGCAAAAGAAACUAUCUUGGUGAUGAACUGCCGUUGAAUAUCAAGGUCCAGACUGAUAUUGCUAUUACUCCCGAUAAUGAUUCUACAACCCAGUUGAAUCGUCAUCACUGA